AUGCCAGACGACGCAGCAGAACCCAGAUAUAUACCCUCCAAGCCACGGCCAGAUCAGAUAGCAUCUGAAACAGAUCGCAACGCCCUUGGUGGCCGGACGCUUGCAGAGGCUGCGACCAAUGAAGGCGACAUCCCUAGGUCUACCAGAGACACUGCUGUCAAUGACGUCCUGACUGGGACGGGAGAUACCCUCCCCUCUCAGGUCGACUCCAAACGAUUGCACUCAGUCCCUGGCGGUGUCACCCACGAUCCAUUUGCGAAGGGCUCGACGAGAAUGACAGAGCACAAAGUCCAGCCGUCGGAUUUUGUGCAGGGUGCGUCGGAAGGCCCGCGGACUGAUCGGGCACCUGGCCAGGAGGGAUUGAGCGAUGAGCAAGUGAUGGACAAAAUUGAGCGCAGGGGAUGA